AUGAUUUUGGAGGUGAUUGUGGAGAAAACGAUUUUUGAAGAAAAUGAUUUUGGAGAUUUAAAUCCUAGAAAUUCAGAAGGAGAAAACCUUGAUAAUAUUCUGGAACAACCAAAGGCUAAAUCUAAAAAUAGGCCCAAAAUCAUUCCUAAAAAAAACAAUUUAUGUGGUCAUUUACGUGUUAAGGAAUAA